ACAUCCAUCUGCGCUUUGUUGUGCGCAUACGCUUUGUGCCGACUGAUAGGUGUAAAAGACCAAAUAUAUUGUACAUCUAUUGUUUAUUGUUAUUCACCUGUUGACUGUGUGAAGUGAGACAUGGCCUCUGGGGCCUCUGGGGAUGAUGGGGGGAUGAUGCGGGCCACUCCCCCAGGUCCAGUGUAUCCUCCCCAGCAACAACAGGAAAAUGUACAAAAGAUCCAUAAGGCCAUGACUCAAAUGGAGGAAAAGGGGAUGCAAGAUGACCCUAGGUAUGCACAGCUAGCAGCUAUGGCAGACAUGGCAAGGAAUCAAGGCAUGCCUGGUCAGCAUCACGGUAUGGGCCAUCAGAGAAUGGGAGAUUACCAGGGUAACAUGAUGCAGGGGGGUCCACCUCACAGUAUGAGUGGUGGAUCCCAGGGCAUGGGAGGAGGUUCACAAAAUAUGGGUGGAGGCCAGCAGAACAUGAUGCAAGGAAUGGGUGGUCCCCAGCACAGAAUGGGAAGUAUGCAGCCAAUGCCCCACCAGGGACAGAAUAUGAACCAAGGAAUACCUCCACAGGGUCAAGUAAUCCCAACACAGGGGCAAGGCAUGGGUCAGGGAAUGCCACCACAAGGCCAAAACAUGGGCCAGGGAAUGCCACCUCAAGGACAAAAUAUGGGACAGGGAAUGCCACCUCAAGGUCAAAAUAUGGGUCAGGGGAUGCCACCUCAGGUCCAAGGCAUGGGUCAAGGAAUGCCCAGUAAUAAUCCUGGAAUGAAUAAUCCAGGAAUGCCUGGUUCUAAUGCUGGAGGAAAUUACAGUCCUAUGGGAGGACAAGGAAUGCAUGGAAGUUCAAACAUGGCUGGCCAAGGAAAUAUGACAGGACCCCAGUCAAUGAAUACAGGAAUGGGAUCCAACUCUCCACAUCCCAUGCCACAAGGUGGAUCAAUGCAACACAAAAUGGGUGGCAACAUGCAGCAGAUGGGAAGUUCUAAUACACCAGACCAACAGGGUCAGCAAGGUAUGCCAAAUCAGAUGGGUGGACCGGGAGGAACACAAGGUUCGGGGUAG